AUGGCCGAUGUUCGCCUAGGUUUGAUGAUUCGAAUGAUGAAUCACAAGGCUGUGCUGGCGAUACGAAGAAUUAGACCAAAGCACGAGGAAACGCGACGACUAUGUUGUGGCAAUACUCGCCAAGGCACCAAGGCAGAGAAAAAGGUUCAACAUGUUCAACAUCAUCAUCGCUGCACCACUGCUGUCAUCAUACUGAUGAUAGCCUCUAAUAGGGUGGUAUAAGGUUUAUCACUACUUUAUAUUGUCUUAAAUGGAUAGUAGAGCCAGGGGUUGCUUUCAGGGUCCUCUGUAUUUAGUAAUUCGUUUGAAAUCGUCGAGAAGAUUUUGCAGGGAAGUAUUUCCAUGGGAUCGGCAACGUGAGAAAGGCGGAACAUCAUGGGGACACAGAAUUUGUUUGAUGAGCAUUGAGCUUGGAUAAUCGAACCCGAGUCAACUUGUCAUAUUGUUAGGACUUGAAAUCUGUAUGGCUUCAUUGAGUGUUAAACUCUUGACGCUUUGAAGAGUCGAUCGAUUUGAAUUUGACAUGAAACUUGAACAGAAGGAUUGGAGCGCCUCUUCCUACUUCCGAGGGCUCGUAAACGCUCGGCAUCGGAAACAGUUUCAUGAUUUGUAUCCUUAGUUUGUUGAUCUGAUCUUCCAACGUCUUAUUAUGCCGCUGUAAAUGGAAAUGAUGAUGAGCGGGGAAAAUCUCACGAUACUUGUGACUCGCAAGUAGUCCUUCGUAGGAUAGGAUACGUAGGGAUUCUUAUAUCGGUACGUACGGCAGUGCCAGUCAUGUCGUUGGACCCGUACCAAAUCAAAAUCCCGGCGCUUCAAGAGAUUAGCGGUCAUGUCUACCUUAUUUGUA